AUGGUCUCCUACACUCCCAUCCGCAUGUCGGAAUUCAAGAGCAACUAUGGUCCUAAGUACCAUUCUCAACCCAACAUUGCUGGCAUCACCCCCCAGGCUGCCUUCCGAAUUGGCUCCCGUCUGGCUAUGUACGGUGCUCCCGCCGCUGUUGCUGUCCUCCUCUUCGCCAACGGUAUUCCCCGUGUGCAGCGCGACGUUCUCCAGAAGAUCCCUUUCCUUGGCAACUAUUUCCGAAAGGAGAUCCACCCCGCCGACAACCCUUUCUAA